AGAAAGAUUCCUUUUCCCUCUCGUGACUGAUGUUUACUGGGCUGGGUUCUGGGAAAGUGCUAGGUUGCAUCAGACAGAGGCUGCAGGGCUGGAACCGGGCGGUGGCAGGGAGGAGACCUGGCCUCAUAAGUUGGGGCCAAAGAGCUGGGAGGUGUCUGGAAACCAGACAUAAACAAAGCGCUAGAGAGCAGAGGGAUCAGGAGAGAGAGCAGACAGGAUGGCCACCCUCCCUGCGGCAGCCAGCCCUUCCCAGCAGAUCCCAGGCCCAGAGGACGAAGACCCCAGCCUGGACGAAUAUGACCUCUACAGCCUGGGCCACUCCUACCUGGGAGCAGGAGGCCGGAAAGGUCGCACCAAGAGAGAAGCCGCUGCCAACACCAACCGCCCCAGCCCUGGUGGACACGAGAGGAAGCUGGUGACCAAACUCCGGAACACGGAGCAGAAAAAGCGAGGGGCACGGCCCUGAGGCCGACCUGGAGAGGAGGCUGGAACACGCUCACCACACAGAUGGCGACAGGACCACAGAGCAAUCAGGACCGCAGCGGGAUGGGCUUGGGGGAGAGAAGGGGAGCAGGACCCAGGCCUGUUUGCCCCAUCCCACCCCCAGGACUUACCCCACCUGACUAAGUCUCCAAGGGACCACCAAGGAAGCAUCCCCGGCCCCAGGAAAAGGGCAAGACGGGGAGCAAGAAGCAGGAAUGGAGAGGCAGAGUCACAAAGUACCCCACAAAAGAGAAAGCGGGGAAGGAAACGAGUUUUCCAGGGUGGCAGCGACAACCAACCAACAAAAAACCGCAACGACAGCUUGUGUGUUUUGUUCUCUCCGUCUGUGUUUUCAUUUGCACACACGUCUGCCCACACGCGUCUGCAGGCGUGUGAGCCAAUAAAAGCCUUUUUGUUCGUG